AUGGCUGGUUACCGUAUGCCUCCACCGCCAGCUAUGCCAGAAGAGAUGGUGGUCGUCAUGGAGCUUGCUUGGAAUCAUGAUCCAGAGAAGCGGCCUGAUGCUAGUGCUCUUCGGAAACUCUUAGAAGAAGUGAACAAGAAGUACGGUGGUGACGAGGAGCGAUCUAAGUCAUCAUCUGUGUUGAAAAGUCGUGCUUAA